UAUUUUUAUUUUUGUGAAUGGUGAUAUGAAAUCUUAUGGUAUAAUAAACAUUAUAAAUUCCUAAAAAACGUCAAUUAAUUAUACUGGAAAGAAUGAUUUUAAGUAAAUGACGUAAUUGGUCAAAUAUCCAUUGAUGUAAAUACCUUAAAAUGGGUGAUAGCAGUGAUUCUGAAGAGUUCUAUGAUGCGGAAGACUUCACACCAGCAAGAGGCUCAAAAAGAUCAUCGCUUUGUAAAAGUAUCAGUGUUACCGACAAUUCUAGCAGUUCCGACAAAGAGAAACCAUCAACUUUAAAAACUGAAGAAGUGCAGGUUUCACCAGCUGUUUGUGCCACCAGCCUAGCUACUAAAGAAACACCUGUUGAUGAAAGGUCAACUGUUAAAAAUGUGGUGCAAGGCAGACGUAGGUUCCAAGAGCUUCGCAGAUGUAUGCAAACUGAGGAAGAAGAUGAGCCGGAGGUACCUCAAGCAUCAGAACAUACUUAUGCAUUGGAACAUCCAUUCAAAAUUAUAUCCCACGAUACGAUGAGCUUGCAAAGUAUGACGUCUUUGGGAAGAAUCGGUAGGAUACUAAGCGGAGCAGCGGAAUCACAUCCAAAUAUACGAGAGAAUAUGCCAGCCCCAUCUUCCUCGUCUAGGGAACCCUCAACAUCUGACGAUCCACUUGCUACGGAUCGGACACAAAACGUGCUGGCGAUGGCCGAGCCGGAUGUGAUAGCGAGUACGAAGGCCAACAGCCUCAAGCAUAAUAGAGGUUCGUCAGCAGUUGUAGCUGUCUGUCACACCUCUUGUCUUCCGGCUCCUGUAGCGCCCCCUCGGAAGAAGAAGCGCAACAAACUCCACGGGUCCCAAUCGCUAUCAACUACUGAGGGUGAUAAUCUCAGUGUGUGUACUACUGACACGGAUGAUCUACGAUACGUGAGGCGGGAUAAGCCACAUCUUGAUUCGUUGAGGGUUGAGGCCGCACAACCCAUUCCACCGAAUCAAUGUAUGGCUUUACCAAGUCCCGCCAGCACAAUCGAAUCACUGACCAGAGAGUUCCAGGAUUCAUUAGAACUCUCACAUUCCAAAUAUGCAAGUGAUAUGUCUCUACCAGAGACGUGGUCUUCCCCGGCUGCACCUCCUAUUCGGUCUAAUGUUGCAACGGUAGCACCGCAUACUAAAGAUGCCUUAGCUGUUAAUGGUGCUCGUAGUGAGAGCGAGUGUCGUACGUCGCGUACGCACAGCGAAGGACGGCCGCUGACUUCUAGUUUAGGGUCCAAUGGCAGACGUUCGGAAACGUCGCGCGCUCGUCGUCGCUCAGCGGGCGAUUCGCCUGCCGAAGGCGAGGGAGAGGGUCUCAGGGCAAGAUGCGUCUCCGGAAGGCAGCUCUCAGAUAUAGAGAUACUGGAACAGGUCACUGUGCUUAAUCUUGAUACUGUGUGUCCUGUUCUAGGAGAACGCAUGCCGCUAAGCGUCGCCGAACACAAGUUGCCUCAAUGCAUCAAUCCCCUGAGUCUUCACAUCAUGCGACUGACUUCAGAGUACAUAGGACGGACUAACGACGACGAACAUAACAGUAGUCGGUCAAGCAGUCCUCUCGUCCAAUUGAGGAGACGGCCCAUGAGUGUGUGGAAGCGCUGGUCGAUUUACAGUACUGGGGUCUUGCGAAGAUCGCCUUCCGCGCCCCUACAUCUGACCCAGUCUAGCUUCUCCAUCGAUAAUAGAGAGACAGACGAGGAAAGUGAAAGUGUCUGCGCCGGUGGCGUUGAAGAUGAGACAAAAGAGGCGAAGAGAGAGUCCGCUGACCGACAAACGACGGCCAUCAAACGGAAAACUGACAAUGUGAUCCGCGCUGAACUAGUGAAGUGUCACUCGCACGACAACAUUAAUAUCAGGCUGAAGCGAUUCUUCGGUACAACAGUAAAAAAGACAGUUGACGCUGCAAAAUCCCUCGCACAGGAGGUGUCUCAUGCCAGACAUAAAGAAGACGUGGCAGAAAUUGCAGAUGACGUUCGAGGGGAGCAUAAUAUUAAGCUGAAAGCUUCGAAUUCUCAUAAGGGACCUUAUGACUUUGAUGGAUGUGUGAGAUAUGUUCAGGAGCUGGGAAGUAUGGAGGCGGGCGUGGGUGGUCACGUGGGCGCGGUUUGGUGUUGCAAGUUCAGUGUGUGCGGGCGAUUGCUAGCCACCGCUGGUCAGGACCGAUUGUUGAGGGUCUGGGUAACUAGGGACGCACACCAUAUGUUCCAGGAUAUGCGCACAAAAUACAACGCCGAACAAAAGUCAUCACCCACCCCCUCCCAAGAAUCUCUCGCGUCCCUCGCCCCCCCUCCAUCUCCCGAUCACCUUCCCCCUCUCGGCCCCGGCGCUCCUUUCUCCCCCCACCCCUUCUGCGUAUACUCCGGACAUAACUCGGACCUUCUAGACGUCUCCUGGUCCAAGAACUACUUCAUACUGUCCAGUUCUAUGGACAAAACUGUCAGAUUGUGGCACAUUUCGAGGGGGGAAUGUCUCUGCUGCUUCCAACAUAUCGAUUUUGUGACGGCGAUCGUGUUUCAUCCCAGGGAUGAUAGGUACUUCCUGUCUGGAAGUCUCGAUGGGAAGUUGAGGCUCUGGAAUAUUCCUGAUAAGAAGGUAGCUGUGUGGAAUGAAGUUGACGGCAAAACAAAACUCAUAACCGCGGCUAACUUCUGUCAGAAUGGAAAAUUCGCUGUCGUCGGCACAUAUGACGGCAGAUGCAUCUUCUACACGACAGAUCAGCUGAAAUACCACACACAGAUCGAUGUUCGAUCAACUAGAGGAAAGAAUUCGACGGGGAGGAAAAUCAGUGGAAUCGAACCUAUGCCCAACGAUGACAAAAUCCUGGUGACGUCAAACGAUAGUAGAGUCAGGCUGUAUGAUCUAAGGGAUUUGAAUUUGUCCUGCAAAUAUAAGGGAAAAGGUUACGUAAACGUAUCAAGCCAAAUAAAAGCGUCAUUUUCGCACGACGGAAAAUACAUAGUCAGCGGAUCGGAGAACCAGUGCAUCUAUAUCUGGAAGACCUGCCACGACUACUCCAAGUUCACGUCAGUCAGGCGGGACCGAAAUGACUUCUGGGAGGGAAUUAAGGCACACAACGCGGUGGUCACGUGUGCCAUAUUCGCCCCUAACCCUGAUAAUAUGAUUCGGACCAUCAAUGAGAGAGAAGAGAAGUUGAAUGAGAGUCGAGGGGAGAAAGAAGAAGUGAAGGCCCCGGAGGGCGGUAUGGUAUCGUCAUCUCAAACAGGCCACGUUCUCGUAAGCGCCGACUUCAAUGGCUGUAUAAAAGUAUUUGUGCACAAAGCUAAACCCAAACACUCAUCACUGCCCGCGUCUGCGCUUGCCUAAUUCCUAGACUUACAUGGGGCUAGACAAAUACUUUGCAAACGUCACCAAUCUAUGUAUUUGAUCACGUGACUAAAAUUGCCAUACAAAUAUAAUAACACCGCUACACUGGGUACAAAUCCAAUACUAAAAUACCAUUUUCAAUACAAACUAAAUCUCCAGCUUUUCAUUGUAUUGUAGUCGCGCCUUUCGAAGUAUUCUAUAGGGUCUGUAUUUGAUACGGAAACAAAUCUCCAAAGAUAUUUCGAUUUACAGAAUUUGUAAGCCAUAUCUGAGGCCACAAUGUCAAAGUUCUUUGGCUUUGUAAUUAACAUAAAGCUGUAUAUGUGCUAUUUCAAUUUACGGGAGAAAUGAGAAGACAUUAAAUCUUUAUCAGAGGAAGACAAAGGCACUUGCUCUUCCUCUAGGGACGACAUACCUGGACUCCGAAAGUACCCACAUCUGAGAAAACGGGAGGCACUAACUAGUCAAAGUGUCGGCAAUAGAUUUCCUCAUAAAAACAUUGAAAUUAUUUUUUGAAUUCUUUUUGUUGCAAUUUUAAUUAUGAAAGUUACUGUUAUGCGCUAUGACUACUCAACUUGAAUUCUCUUUAUCCUGAAUAUUUAAUAUCGUUUUAUACUUUGUAUUUAAACUCCUUGAUUAGCUCCAUAAUCGCAUAUUAAACGAUAGAUUUUUGUAUGAAAAUCUUGAUUGAGUUCGUGAAAUAUUCGUAUAAUGAUAAUUGUAGUUACGUAUUUUAUUCGAACUGUUCUUACGUUUUACAAAUAACGUUAGCUAUUGUAUUUUACGAAUUCGUGUUCAUUUUUUAUUUAAAACAAAAGAAAGCUUUACUCACAUCAUAUACGAAUAUUUUACGAAUAACGUAUACGUGUCACGUAUACGUCAUAAAAUAAAUUCUGCGUUUUAAUACAACAGUUCAGUUCUAUUCGUUCUUGCGUUAAGCCGACGUGCUAAAUGACUGUUUUUCAGCAUUGUGGCUUUGUACAUAGUUACGAGUGUAGCUUUGAGCUUACAAGGAACUUUAAACUUCUAACGAACUAGCCUUCUUAAAUGGGCGUAAUUUGCACACAUUUAACUAUACCUUAGUGACUCCAAGAAGUUUCUCCUAAGAAGUGAAGCGA